CUGAUGACGUUUAUGGCGCCAGAAAUCAAGGGUUUAGAGAGGAGGGAGCGCGCGGUAGCUGGGGAAGACGGCGCCUUAUUUGUGUUAUGUCGGCUGUAGCGUGAACACAAGAAAUAUUGCUCGGCUUUUUAAAUCAUUUGUGGUUGUAAUAAAGUCAAGAUGGUGGUCCUACGCAGCAACAGCGGUGGUGUCGGAGCUGAACCGGAGAGGAGGUCGCUGGACCUGGAAACGAGCUCCGACUUUCUGUCGCUGACUCCCACGUUGCAGAGGAAGUCCGCCCGGGUGACCCGCUCCUCUCGGACCCUGAAUGACAGCUUCAGCAGCCCCGAAAACGCUUCCGUGAACGGUCACGUGGAGCUGAAGCAGGACGAUGGAAGUGGUCUCACCCAGUCCCUCAGGAGCAGAAGACAAAGAGUCAAACUGGAAGUUUCUUUUGCUGACAUGGAGCCCAGGAGCAGCUCUCCUGUGGAUGAGGACAAAGCUGAAGGCUGCUGCACCAGGAAGUCGUCCCGGCUGCAGAGAGAAGCAAAAUCCUCAGGUGAAAAGCAGCGAGAAGAUGUUUCAGAUGAAGUGGAGGGAUCGUCCACUUCCAAGAGGAGCCAUUUUGAGCUGCAGAGCCGAGGGGUGGAGGAGGAAGAGGAAGAGGAGGAGGAUCCAUCGGUGCGAAGAAGCUCCAGAAUCACAAGAUAUAAACUGGACUCCCGUAAUCAGUCUGCGCUCUACGAUCGCCUCAUCACCAACACUGCAGAAGCAGUCCUCCAGAAGAUGGACAACAUGCAGAAAAUGAGACGGCGGCUGAGAAGCAGAGACAGGGAAAAUAACGAGGAGCUUGGUGUCUACAGCUCGGGGAGACUGAGAAGGUCUCUGAGCACGACCACCAAGAGUAAUAAAACUGAGGAGAAGAACCCAGAAGCAGAUGAAGACGAUAAUGGUGAAGAGGGAGAAGAUGAAGAGGAGGAGGAUGAAGAAGAAGAUGGCGAAGACGAGGAAGAAGAAAACCAUCAGCGCUACGACUUCCGGCAGAGGAAGACAGUAGUUCGCUACCAAGCCCCGUUAGACGAACCCCGGGAGCCCAGGAAACGCAGCAUGUACUUUAAGGAGCACUCGUCUCCUACAAGACGCAGGUUCAGGUUCAGCUCCACAGCCCCCAGGAGCCCCUAUAACCAAAGGAGAACCAGCAGGAGUAGUUCUGAGAGGAGAAGGCACGCCAUCCACAGCAGCGACUCCACGUCAUCGUCCUCGGAUGAGGAGAAGUUCCAGAGACGCAGGAGUUUGAACAGAAGUCGCUCUGUCAACAGAUGUCUGCCAAUGAACCUUGUGAAAGAAGACCUCCUGGGGAUCCACAAAGACCGCAUGAAGAUCGGCGCCAGCCUCGCUGAUGUAGACCCCAUGCACAUCGACAAAACUGUUCGGUUUGACAGCAUCGGGGGUCUGAGCAGACACAUCUCAGCCCUGAAGGAAAUGGUGGUGUUCCCUCUGCUCUACCCAGAGGUGUUUGAGAGGUUCAGAAUACAACCACCAAGGGGCUGUCUGUUCUACGGGCCUCCGGGCACGGGGAAGACCCUGGUAGCCAGAGCCCUGGCCAAUGAGUGCAGUCAGGGGGAGCGAAAGGUGGCCUUCUUUAUGAGGAAAGGAGCAGACUGCCUGAGUAAAUGGGUGGGAGAAUCAGAGAGACAAUUACGGCUGCUCUUUGAUCAGGCCUAUCAGAUGCGCCCGUCCAUCAUCUUCUUUGAUGAGAUCGAUGGUUUGGCUCCAGUCAGGUCCAGCCGUCAGGACCAGAUCCACAGUUCAAUCGUGUCAACCCUGCUGGCUCUGAUGGACGGGCUGGACAGUAGAGGAGAGGUCGUGGUUAUCGGAGCUACCAACAGACUGGACUCCAUUGACCCAGCUCUGAGGAGACCCGGACGCUUCGACAGAGAGUUCCUGUUCGGCCUGCCGGACCGAGAGGCCAGGAAGGAGAUUGUGAGGAUCCACACCAGGCAGUGGAGUCCUCCACCAAGUGAGGCUUUCCUGGAGGAGCUUGCAGAAAAAUGUGUUGGCUACUGUGGAGCAGAUAUCAAGGCAGUGUGCUCUGAGGCCGCAUUGUGCGCUCUGCGGCGCCGCUACCCGCAGAUCUACUCUUCAUCCCAGAAGCUGGUUCUGGACGUGAACUCCAUCGUCAUCACUAACAAAGACUUCAAGUGCGCCAUGUCCAAGAUGGUACCGGCUGCCCAAAGGGCAGUCGUGUCACCAGCUAAGGCGCUGAUUCCCACCAUCCGACCUCUGCUGAGCGCCACCCUGCAGACGAUACUGCACACAGUGAGGCGAGUGUUCCCGCAUGCCGAGCAGGGGCUGAAGAGGAAGAGAGAGCAAGGUGUGGGCUGCGGGGCGUCAGAUGAAGAGCUGAUGUUUAGUGAGGAGGAAGAGUGCGAGGUCUCCUCCAGUGGACCGGCGUCUCAGGCUCAGUUGAAAAUCCCUGCUGCCAGCGGCCUUCUGAACCUCAACGGGAGCGUGUUGAGUCAGCCGACGUCCUACCGUCCCAGACUGCUGCUGCAGGGCAGACCGGGCUCGGGUCAAAGCUCACAUCUGGCCCCUGCUGUUCUCCACGCUCUGGAGAAAUUCACAGUGUACACCCUGGACAUGGCCGUCCUGUUUGGAGCCAGCGCAACGGCACCUGAAGAGACCUGCGCAAAUAUUUUCGUUGAGGCCAAGCGGACCUCCCCCAGCAUCCUGUACAUCCCCCACAUCGGACAGUGGUGGGAAACGGUGGGUUCUGCAUUGAGAGCCACUUUCCUGAGCCUCCUCAGCUCCAUCCCUGCCUUCUCGCCGAUUCUGCUGUUGGCUACCUGCAGCCUCCGUUAUGACGAGCUCAGUGUGGAGGUGCAGGAGUUGUUUCGGGUCGAGUAUGGGGAGGUUUUUCAGGUGCCAGUGCCCACCAGCCGAGAGAGAAGGGACUUCUUUGAGGAUCUAAUCCUCAACCAGGCUGCAAAGGCCCCAGCCUCUAAAAGAAAAGCUGUGCUCCGUGCGUUGGAGGUGCUUCCGGUGGCCCCUCCACCUCAGCCUCGUCAGCUAACAGAGGAGGAGAGUCGGCGACUAGAUGAGCAGGAGGAAGACACGCUCAGGGAGCUGCGGCUGUUUUUGCGCGACGUCACCAACCGCCUUUCUCAAGACAAACGCUUCAAGGCUUUUACUAAACCUGUGGAUUUAGAGGAGGUUCCAGAUUACGCUGAAGUAAUCAAGACGCCCAUGGACCUGUCGACGGUUCUCUCCAGGAUCGACCUCCAUCACUACGUCACGGUCAAAGAGUUCCUGCAGGACGUGGACCUCAUCUGGCAGAACGCCCUCAAAUACAACCCAGAUAGGGACCCUUCAGAUCGUCAGAUCCGCCACAGAGCGUGUGCCUUGAAGGACACCGUCCAUGCCAUCAUCCGAGAAGAACUGGAUGAAGAUUUUGAGAAGAUUUGUGAGGAAAUUAAAGAGUCACGCAAAACAAGAGGCUGCUUCACGGCUCGAUUUGCUCCCUCUUUCUACCACGUCCUUCCCAAACAGCCCAGAUCGGCUGCAGACGCCAGUGUCACUAAUGCUGUCCCCCAAAGUGAGACGGCUGAAGCCAGCGCAGCAGCUGCUACCAACGCAACGGCCUCUGCUCCUACAACUCCCAAAAACACAGUGCAUAAGAAGAAGCGGCGGAAAAGUCGCUGGUCUACUGGGUACAUCGCAAAGAAGAAGCCUUCCUCAUCCCCUCAUGUGUCGAGAGAUGACGCGUCUGACGAGGAUGACGACGACGGAGACGAAGAGGAUGCUGGAAAAGACGGAGCAGCAGAGAAUCUCAAUGCUGCUGCAGCAAAAGAGGGUCUGGUAGAUGUUGGGACAGAGCCAGCAAGUGCAGCAGGUCAGGAAGACGAGCUGAACACUCGGGUAGAGGAGACGAAGAAGGAGCCAGCUGCUAAAGACCUCAUAGGAGGAGACGAGAACACUGAACGCAUCUCUGUCAACACUACAAAGGACACAGAGGAAGAGGAGGAUAACCAGCACACCAUCACAGCAAAGAUGGUUACUGAACAUCAGGGAGAGGAGGAGAUGGAAAAGAGUCCUUCUGCUGAAGAUCAAAACAGCAAAGGAGUACCGGUAGGUGAAGCGGAGCUGAAUAAAUCUGCUGAGCUGGUGGCAGCGGAUGCAACAGAACCGAUGGCGGUGGAUGCAACAGAACCGAUGGCGGUGGAUGCAACAGAAGCAUCGACCCCAGAUGCGACCGCAGCUGCCAGGAGUGAGACGGACACAAGCGCAGAGCGAAACGUGAGACGAAUGACCCGUGCCCUGAAGAACACCGUGCUGCAGCAGCACAUGAUCCCAGUGGACAAAGCUCUGCAGAUCCUCAACGCGGAAAGUCCUCCUCUGGUUGUGGACCGAGACAGGUUAAAGGAGCUGCUGGAUAAGGUGGUGACAAAGACUGAAGGCUACGAGGUCUACAAGCUGGAGAAGCUCUAUGCUCUCCUCUGCCAGAGCAUCUACAGACACAGACAAGACUACAACAAAACAGCGUUGAUACAGGAGUUGGAGCAAGAAAUCGAAGACUUCUGAUUUUCAAACGUCUUCUAGAGAAAAAAUGUGAUAAUCCUUGUCAGCCAUGUAAAUAUACAGGAAUUGGUCCUAUUUUUAUGUAGAAAACAAGUUAUCUAUAUUUGUAUUCUAGCUGGAACUUUGUACUACAUGGUAUUUAUAUGUAAUUAAACGGAAUUCCACUUAU